ACCCGGAAGACGUUAGUGCAAAAUGUGAUAUCGGGAGACGGGAGGUCAUAAAAUCUCUCUUACAACCAUCUUGGAUAUAGAAUCCAAACUCGACACAAGCAUGCCUGGUGAAGCCACAGAGACGGUCCCGGUCACUGAGCAGGAGAUGCAGCAGCCACAAGUUGAGACUGCCGCACUCUCUGGCCCUGCAAGUGUGGCUACCUCCCUGGAACCCCAGGCUGCUUCUGGCCCUGCCAAGCCCAAAGGCAAAGAGGCCAAGGGUGGCUCUGCCCCUAAGGCUGUCCCUGGCAGAAGAAAAAAGUCCUCGAUGUCUGCCUCCUCUGCUUCUCCAACCUCCCCAAAGCCCUCCUCCUUAGCUACCUCACCUGGGGCCCCUGGAGCUCCCAGCCAGGGUAACCGUGCCGUCCCAAAGGUUGUAAAGGCUGGCAAACAAGGAAAGGCUAAGAAAGAGGCUUUCAAGCCUGCUGCUGACCUGCCAGCCCCAGCUGAGGCUCCUGCCCCCACAGAGGCCAAACCUGUGCCUAUUGAGCCUAAAGCUGCUCCUGCACCAGUAGUGGCCAUGCCAGCACCUGUUGCUGCAGAGCCUGCACCUGCCUCACCCAUCACUCCCAAGCCUGUGGCAUCCCCUGUGGCCUUCAAAGUGACCUCAAAGCCUGCUGCAUCAGCCCCUAUGUCAUUUGCUGAUGCUGUUGCCUCUAGCCCCUCUAAAGCUGCCCCUGAAAUGCCCAUGGCCAAGGCAGCCCCUGCACCAGCUAAGCCUGCUCUGGAGGAUGAUGACCUUCCACCUCUCAUUCCACCAGAGGAGCCAGUAAAGAUGCCAGUCUUCUCACCCCCUACAGUAGUAGAGGCUCCUAAGCCUGCCCCAGUUGCUUCUCCAGCUCCCCCUAAACCAGCUCCAGUUAAGCCCGUUGUAGCUGCUCCCCCUAAACCAGCUCCAGUUAAGCCCGUUGUAGCUGCACCAGCUCCAUCUAAACCAGCUCCAGUUGAGCCUGUUGUAGCUGCUCCAGCUAAACCAGCUCCAGUUAAGCCCGUUGUAGCUGCUCCAGCUAAACCAGCUCCAGUUAAGCCCGUUGUAGCUGCACCAGCUCCAUCUAAACCAGCUCCAGUUGAGCCUGUUGUAGCUGCUCCAGCUAAACCAGCUCCAGUUAAGCCUGUUGUAGCUGCACCAGCUAAACCAGCUCCAGUUAAGCCCGUUGUAGCUGCACCAGCUCCAUCUAAACCAGCUCCAGUUGAGCCUGUUGUAGCUGCUCCAGCUAAACCAGCUCCAGUUAAGCCUGUUGUAGCUGCACCAGCUAAACCAGCUCCAGUUAAGCCCGUUGUAGCUGCACCAGCUCCAUCUAAACCAGCUCCAGUUGAGCCUGUUGUAGCUGCUCCAGCUAAACCAGCUCCAGUUAAGCCUGUUGUAGCUGCACCAGCUAAACCAGCUCCAGUUAAGCCCGUUGUAGCUGCACCAGCUCCAUCUAAACCAGCUCCAGUUGAGCCUGUUGUAGCUGCACCAGCUCCGACUAAACCUGCCCCAACUGAGCCCGUUGUAGCAGCACCAGCUCCCUUUAAGCCUGUGCCAGUUGAGCCCGUUGUAGCUUCCCCUAAGCCUGCUGAAGUAGCCAUUGUACCACCACCUGUUUCAAAACCUGCCCCUACCCCUGCUAAAACCCCAACCAAACCGGAGCCUGUGACCAAGAAUGAGGGGUCUGGCACUGAAUCGGACAGCGACGAGUCGGUACCAGAUCUGGAGGAACAGGACUCCGCACAGACACAGCAAGCACAGCUUGCAGCUGCUGCAGAAAUAGAUGAGGAACCCGUUAGCAAAGCCAAACAGAGCCGUAGUGAAAAGAAGGCACGAAAGGCAAUGUCUAAGCUGGGUCUCAGGCAGGUGACUGGGGUCACCAGGGUUACCAUUCGCAAGUCUAAGAACAUCCUGUUCGUCAUCACCAAACCAGAUGUCUACAAGAGCCCUGCAUCAGACACUUACAUUGUCUUUGGUGAGGCUAAGAUCGAGGAUCUCUCACAGCAAGCCCAGUUGGCAGCGGCAGAGAAGUUCAAGGUACAGGGAGAAGCUGUGUCGAACAUCCAGGAAAACACGCAGACGCCCACUGUACAGGAGGAGAGCGAAGAGGAAGAGGUUGACGAGACCGGGGUCGAGGUGAAGGACAUUGAACUUGUGAUGUCACAAGCCAACGUGUCGCGAGCGAAGGCUGUACGCGCCCUGAAAAACAACAACAACGAUAUUGUCAAUGCUAUUAUGGAAUUGACGAUGUAGGCUGCUGAAGUCGAAGGAGUUCUGAAAGGUUGCUGAUUUAAUCUACUAUCGUUGGUACAAUUUAUACCAAAGAUGGAAAUAAAGUUGUGGCUUGGUAAAUUGAA